CUGGUUAUGCUGUGUCGCCUUGGUGGACAGUAUAGUUACAUCAACAUUAAGUGGAAUAAAAUACCGCGGAUAUUUGUAAAUGGACACACCGAUACAACCAUUUAAUCAUUACUUCUAAAUUACAACAGGACACCCCCUGGAGGGAGUGGUGGCGAGUGUAAUUUCUCUGUUUUUAUCAGCAAUAUAUCGGGGAGAGGAGGGACGUCGUCCUCAGGCACACCGGCCGAGGGGAAAUUAGUCACGCGAGUCCCUGUUGAAUAAAGGAUGAACUGAGGACCGGGUCCUCUGCCCCAGCUCUCACAUCUCUGGAGUGUCGGAUCUUCACUUCUGCUGCCCCUCAAUUAAAAAAAAACAAAACCCAAAAGAUAUAAGAGUCAACUGCAUCAUCUCACCACAUCUGGACAGAGAAAUGUGCGUGCACAUGUGUCCGCGGAUGCGUGACUGUGUCUGAGGGUUUUUGGGCUGCACCUCCAAUCUUGUCUUCAGAGACACUUUUCCACUUGUCUGACUCAACAUUCGUCUUCACAACUGCAAAGCAUCAUGGGCCGGAAAAAGAUUCAGAUCCAAAGGAUCACAGAUGAAAGGAACAAGCAGGUGACAUUUACGAAGCGAAAGUUUGGCUUAAUGAAGAAAGCCUACGAGCUGAGUGUGUUGUGUGACUGCGAGAUCGCCCUCAUCAUCUUCAACCAUGCAAACAAACUGUUCCAGUACGCCAGCACCGACAUGGACAAGGUCCUGCUCAAAUACACAGAGUACAACGAGCCGCACGAGAGCCGGACCAACGCAGAUAUCAUUGAGACAUUGAGAAAGAAAGGUUUCAACGGCUGUGACAGUCCAGAGCCAGACGGGGAAGACUCCAUUGACCAAAGUCCUCUUAAUGACGACAAAUUUCGCAAGACUACAGAGGACCUGGACAUUCUCUUUAAACGCUACGGACAGUCGGCAGCUCCGCCCCAAACGUUCACCAUGCCAGUCACGGUCCAGGCAACCAAUCAGAGCACGCUGCCGUUCAGCAAUCCUGGCAACGCACUGGUAACUACCUCCUAUGUCACAUCAUCAUCGCUCACGGAAACCCACCUCCUGUCGCCACAGCAACCGGCUCUUCAGAGAAACACGGUGUCUCCUGGGUUGCCACAGAGACCGGCCAGUGCAGGUGCUCUUCUUGGAGGUGACCUGAAUAAUUCAAGUGGAGGAUGUCCAAGUCCAGUUCCUAAUGGAUACACCAGUGCCAGGGCCUCCCCAGGUCUCCUCACCGUUUCCAACGGCAACAGUCUGGGGAAAGUAGUUCCAGCCAAGUCGCCCCCCCCACCGCCGAGCCCCCAGAUGGUCAACAGCCGCAAGCCCGACCUCCGGGUCAUCACCUCGCAGGGCGGGAAGAGUCUCAUGCAGAUGACAGAGGAUGAGCUGGAGUUGGUAAACGAGAACGCCCAGCGGCUGGCGGCCGGAGCGCAGGUGGCCCAAACCCUCACCACGCCGGUGGUGUCUGUCGCCACGCCGAGCCUGCUGGCGCAGGGGCUGCCCUUCUCCGCCAUGCCCACGGCGUACAACACAGAGUACCAGCUGACCAGCGCAGACAUCACCGCUCUACACGCUCUGGCCUCUCCCGGCAGCUUGUUGCCCACCAGUGUGUCCACGUGGCAACAGCAGCCGGCCGUCUCCCACCAACCGCAGCCUCAACAGCAACAGCAGCAAACGCAGCAGCAGCUCAAUCUCGCAUCACUCAGCAACUUGGUCAUGUGGGGCGUGGACAAACAGAGCAGCGAGCUGUCUAGCCAGGUGUCCAGUCUGGCUGCCAACCUGAGUGUUGGCUCUCCGUCCAACCUGUUCUUGGGUAGAGAUGAGUGGUUGGGCCGGCCGGUGACCCACAUACCUCAAGGUGCCAUGCUGACCGUCAACACCAACUCCAGCGUGAGCAUCAAGUCAGAACCCGUCUCCCCCGGGCGGGAUCGCAGCACGCCGUGUCCUCCUCCGUCUUCUAGCACGCCGUCCUCGACCCCGGGAGGAGGAGGGGGAGGAGGAGGGGCCAUCCUGACCGCCCCGCCCCAGUAUCCCAGCUCCCUGCUGUGCCUGGAGCCCCCGACCGGCCGCUCGCCGGCCGACAGCAUCAGCAGCAACGCCAGCUCCUUCGAGGGCAGCGACCGCGACGACGCCAGCGCCGGUAACAGAGGUGGAGGCGGCGGCAGCGCCGGGGCGGAGCUGCUCAGGGCGGCCAAUGAACCAGAGCAGGAGGGAGGAAACAUAAAACGCAUGAGACUGGACGCCUGGGUCACAUAGACGCAGCAGCUCUCUGCAGCCACAAGGUUUUCUUACCUAACAGUUCAAACACACACCCAUUGUUAGUAUCCAGUUGUCCCGCCCCCACUGCCACGUGACACUAUCAUCACACUUCGGCCUCUGUCUCAGUUUUACUCCUCAGCUGCAUCACCUCGGCUUACAGGACCUCGCACCCCCCCAGAAAAACAUGAAGACAAAAAAGAAAAACGUCCUUUUGGGGAUUUUGCUCUGAGGGAGGGAACGGCGGCUCAGAGCUGCGCUGGAUUCAAGUAUGAUCCUGACUAGAGUAACAGUGUUUUUGUUUUUGUUUUAAGCCUUCUUGCUUGAAUGAACUCUACUGUUUUUGUUUGGUAGGAAUGAGGCGUUCAGGAUUUAAUUUUUUUUCCUGGCAGUCCCAUGAAACCACAAAACAUUUCUUUCACACGGUCACUUGCAUCCCGAUCCCAUAUUUUACACCGAGCUGUUUCGGUGGCCCGUCAGACAUAACGGGACAUCUGCUGCAUGCCGCGCCACUUCCUGCUCCUCUUCAAUCCAGCGUCAUUUUAGAUUGUGUGAUGUCAUUUCUUCCCCCAGAGUCGUUUCCAAACUGCACUAAAGGAAAUUAAACUCGAUCCGGACGAGUUUGAGAACUUGAGCGUCCGCCCCCGGCGCCGAUCAAACAGACUCGUAGUGUUUUUAGCGUAAGAAACGUUUGCUGCCGCCGUCACCAACCUCAUGCAAGCAGGCAGACCCCGAGCCCUCAGGUGGCACUCUGCAGCUGUGGAGUGGAGCACCCUGCCAGAGUGCCAAUGUUAUCUUCUCUUGGUGAUUUUAACAUAUAUAGAUAUACAGUCAAUAUAAAUAUAUGCCAAAUUCCUCUUGCACACAGUGUAAGGACACUGACAGAGUCAGUCGCAGCGUCGUGGAAACAUUGAGAACUAGAAACUGACUACAGGCUGUCACUUUGAUCAGACUGGGUGCUCAUCCCGUCCUCCCACCGUUUUCUCUGGAACUUGGAUGGAAAUUGUUUCAUCAGAAAUCCAGCCAGUCACUCAGCUUAUUAAACAGGAGUAGAUGCCAUUCUUUUAAACGCAUAGGAAGUUUUAUGAGCCUUUUUUUUUCUCUUUUUUUUG